GGCUGUUCUGAGUGGGUGAUCCUCACACCUGCUGCGGCCGCCCAUUAAAUCUCUUCCUCUCAGCUGCAACGGUUUGUGAGCACGAGGUUCGUGGGCCGCCAUGGACCUGAACUACUUCGCCUGCCUCAUCUUCUUCAUCAAAGUCUCAAUAACCACAGCCCAGAUAGUGCGGUGUCCUCCAGGGCAGUGGCAGUGUGACGAUGGGAACUGCGUCCCAGAUAUUUGGAGAUGUGACGGAGACGGAGACUGUCUGGAUGGGUCUGAUGAGAUGGACUGUGCUGCUGCGCAGUGUCUACAAGGUCAGUUUCCCUGCAUGGACUCUGUGGACUGCGUGGACGCAUCAGCACGCUGUGAUGGAAUAAAGCAGUGUCCCAGCAGAUGAGGACAACUGUACGGUUACUGUUAGCUGUUUGGACUCGGACUGGACCUGUCAGAACUAUCUGUGUGUCCCUGCGGAGCUGAGGUGUAACGGACAGAACGACUGCAUGGACAAUUCUGAUGAGAGCGAUUGUGCUCAGUGUGUUGAGAACAACGUAUGGUGUUCUGAUGGGACAUGUCUGUCCCCUGAUAAGAGAUGUGAUGGACAGUCUCACUGCUCAGAUGGGAGUGAUGAACCAAUAACCUGUGGUCGUACCUGCUCAGUGAACAACGGUGGCUGUAGCCACGUGUGUGUGGACGAGUCUUGGGGAACUCUGUGUGCCUGUCCUGGUGGGUACAAGCUGUCGUCUAAUGGCGCCAUCUGUGAAGAUGUGGAUGAAUGCUCCUUCCUCCUGACUCCCUGCAUGCAUCACUGCACCAACACUGUGGGAUCUUACUACUGCCACUGCAGAGAUGGUUUCAGUCUGAUUGGAAACUCCAACUGUCAAGCCACAGGUAAUGCCACCAGACUGCUGAUGGUACAGAAAAGGACUCUGGGUCUGCUGACAGUAAAGUCUCCACAGUUCAAUCCGGUCCAUUUUCCAGUGUUGGAUGCGGUAGCCUUGACGUUCGACAUCAGCCGUGGCUGGUACUACUGGGCCGACAGCCACGGCAGCAUUCACAAAAGUGACCGACGUCGGAGCUGGAAAACCGUCACUGGCGGCCCAGGGAUCAACAGCCUGGCCUGUGAUUGGCUGAACGGACACCUGUACUGGACUAAUGAAAAGACAGCAGCGAUCUACAUGCAGGCAGCUGACGGCAAAAGUACCACAGCUGUGCUGAGCAAGAAUAUCAGUCCAUCAGAUCUGGUUCUCCUUCCUGUGGAGAGUAUGAUGUUCUGGAUCAACACUGGCCUAGGAGACAGAGUAACCCUCCAGAAGUCCUGGAUGGAUGGCUCAGACCGGAGCUCCCUGACUGUCCUCACUGCUCAGUCUGCUUACGCUCUUACAGCGGAUGUGGCUGCGAGGAGGCUAUACUGGAUCAGUGACUUUAAGAAGUCCAUAGAGACGGUGAAUGUGGACGGCACUGGACGUUACUCCUUCUCAGGACUCUUGGGCAAGGGAACGGCUCUGAGUCUGGCUGUUUUUGAGGGGUUCUUCUACUGGGUGGACAUCAAAGGACUGUGGAAGGUUCCUCAGAACCAACCAGAACAGAAGAAGCUUCUAUGGAAAGCUGAACUACCUCUGAUGAAUGUUUUCCAUGAGCUGCAGCAGCCACAAGGCUCUUCGGCCUGUGUGAAGACUCCCUGUAAACUCUGCCAACUAACAAAAGCAAACCCAGUUGGAUUCACCUGUGCAUGUCCAACUCCUAAAGUACUGCUGCUUGAUGGAACAUGUGAAUAUCCCAGAUUCAUCUACGCCACUGACACCAACAUCAACCUGUUGGAGUUCCAAGUCACAUCGUCCACUGACACACGGCUGUUUUCCACUGAGGGCGGGAUCCUAUCAUUUGACGUAGACUGGUACAGAGGCUGGAUUUACUGGACCAACCACACUGGUCACCUACAGCGUACCAGUCUGACUGGGUCCAAGGCUGAAGUGGUACCCACCCCUCUCCCAGUUUGUCUGAUCAAAGUAGACCAGAAAAGUGGGAACCUGUACUGGGUGUCAUGUGACCAAAUGAGAAUCGGCACCUUCACUGCUGACAGUCGUCAGCUGCAGCAGCUUUACCGCACCACGAAGGAGAUCACAGAUUUUCACCUAGACUGGCUGAGAGGUGGAGUUCUCUGGAUAGAGGACAAUCAGACCUACAACAUGAGCAUGAUGGGAGGGAAACUCAGGCACCUGCUGCAGAUUUCAGGGCAUGUCCAGGGGGGCGUCACCUUUGACCUCAGGGCUGCCAGUCUGCUCUGGAACUCUGAAGAAGCAGGUCUAACAACGUUUAGUUUACUACAGGGAAGAAUCCACCUGGGUCAAAGACGACUGAACAUUUCAGGCUCGGUCGUUGCUGCCUUUGAGCCGUUCCUGUUGACCCACUCUGACAAGGUCAUGACCCUGUGGGACCGACGUGAUGGCAGCCCAGUCCAGAACACACCAGUGAGAGGUCAUGUGUCCCAAGUGAUCGCUGCACUGGGGGAUAUACACCCGGUGCCUAGUGCUUCAGUCUGCAGAGACCCCUCUCUUCAGUGCAAACAGUCUUUAAUCUGCAUUUUACAAGACCAGAUGUGUGAUAAUAAGCAGGACUGUCCCGACGGUGACGAUGAGGAAUCCUGUGUCACCAAAAGUCCUGAUGUGUGCCCAGCCAAAGAUGAUUUUAGAUGCAAGGACAACAACCGCUGUGUUGCUGCAAAUCUCAUAUGUGACGGCAGUUCUCACUGUGAAGACGGAUCAGACGAGGACGGCUGUCCGACUGCAGUGCCGUUGCCUCAGAUGCUUAGAAAAUUGCUCAAGUGUCGCAUUGGUUCCAAGCUGUGCAAUGAUGGCACAGAGUGUGUUCUGUUCAGCCAUGUGUGUGAUGGAGAGAAGGACUGUCAAGAUGGAUCAGAUGAGCUGGACUGUGAUGCAGCUCCGACGACACCAGAGGUCGUUUCGUCUUCCACAUCCACUGCUCCAACUCUACCUGCCUGCACAAGUCCAAACCUUCUCUGCCCCACCGAGAAAAUGUGCAUAUCCCCAAACCAGCUUUGUGACGGUCGCAAAGACUGUCCCGACGGUUUUGAUGAGAAAAACUGUGUGAAAAAAUGUCAGAACAAAAGUGAAUUUUUGUGCAAAGAUCGUCGCAGUUGCGUCUCCAGGAGUCUGGUGUGUGACGGUCGAUCUCACUGUCACGACAGCUCAGACGAGGUGGACUGUCCCACUGUAGCCGCUCCUGUUGCCCGUGCCCAGGUUCUGAGGUGUCGUCUGGGCUCCACACUCUGUAGAAGCGGGACUGAGUGUGUUCUCUUUAGUCAUGUUUGUGAUGGAGAGGUGGACUGUGGAGACGGAUCAGAUGAAGAAGGAUGUGACACAACUGAGAGCAUCCCCUUGAAGGAAGCCCCUCCCCCUGUCAAAGCCUUGACCCCAGCUCCCACCAAGCCUCCCUGCAGCAGUCCUUCAUUCCUGUGUCCUCAGUCUUCUGUCUGCAUCAGUCCAACCCAACUGUGUGAUGGACAGAAAGACUGCCCUGAUGGAUCUGAUGAGAACUGUGUGACCAGAUGUCCUUAUGAUGCCCAGUUUCUCUGUAAGGAUCGACGAAACUGUAUCUCACAGACACUGGUGUGUGACGGCCGUGUCCACUGUCAGGAUGGAUCAGAUGAGGUGGACUGUCCCAGCGUUUCUGCUCCAGCACCUUCACCUAAAACACUGAGGUGUCGCAUUGGCUCCAGGCCAUGUAGUGACGGCACAGACUGUGUUCUGUACAAUCACGUGUGUGACGGAGAGGCGGACUGUGUGGAUGGAUCUGAUGAGCAGGGCUGUCCAGACACCUGUAGAAAAGGUGAGUUCCAGUGCAGCCAUGGCAGGAUGUGCAUCCCUGCUGAUCAGGUGUGUGAUGGAAAACCCCACUGUCAGGAUUAUUCUGAUGAGAUCAACUGCUGGAAAAAGACCAAAAGCUGUGAGUACCGCUGUGCUGAUGGGAAACGCUGCAUCCAAAAGAAAUUCCUGUGUGACGGAGAGAGAGACUGCCUGGAUGGGACUGACGAGAUGGACUGUGAACCUGCUGUUGUUGAAACACCAGCACCUCCUGCCAGCACAACCAGACCAGCAUGCAUUGCUCCCUCUGUCCUCUGCCCGGGUUCGUCAAUUUGCAUCUCUGAGAGUCGACUGUGUGACACCCAGAUAGACUGUCCUGAUGGUUUUGAUGAACAAGAGUGUGUGUUCCAGUGUCAAAACAAAGAUGACUUCUUAUGCAGAGACAAGAGGAAGUGUGUGUCCAGUUUUAUGGUGUGUGAUGGUCGAGCCCACUGUCCCGACGGCUCUGAUGAGAUCAAGUGUCAGUCACUGGAUCUUCUUACUCCAACCUUCGACCCUAGACCAAAACCCCUGAAGUGUCGCAAAGGUUUCAAGCUCUGUAAAGACGGACUGGACUGUGUCCUGUACAGCCAUGUCUGUGAUGGUGAGAAGGACUGUCAGGAUGGAUCUGAUGAAGACGGGUGUGCUGCUCAGUGCAAAGCAGAUGAGUUCCAGUGUUCUCAUGGUAACCGAUGCAUCCCAUCGGCCAAAGUGUGUGACGGCCAGUACGACUGUCAAGACCGCUCAGAUGAACUGGACUGUUCUAAGCUGAUGGAUGGCUGCCAUCACCGUUGCGACAACAACACUCGCUGCGUACCUGACACCUUCCUGUGUGAUGGAGAGAAAGACUGCGCCGAUGGAUCCGAUGAAAAUAAGUGCGGUUUGGUGUCUUGUGCGAUGAACCAGUUUCGCUGCUCUAGUGGCAGGUGCAUAUCUGAGGCGCUAAGAUGUGAUGGUUACCCAGACUGCAGCGAUCACUCUGAUGAGAUGGACUGUGCCAGACCCCCCCGCUGCCCCGCACAGCUGAAAUGUCCACACAGCCACGAGUGUCUGCAGAAAGAGUGGCUGUGUGAUGGUGAAGAAGACUGCAAGGAUGGAUCAGACGAGAAGGACUGUGUGACUCCACCAGUGAAGUGCAGAGAAUACCAGUGGCAGUGUGGAGACAGCAGACAGUGCAUCCCUCUGUCCUGGAGAUGUGAUGGACAAAAUGACUGUCACAACGGUGCAGAUGAAGACAAAUGCAGCCAGAGGAAAUGCCCAUCUCAUCUGUACCAGUGUGGUACUGGUGAGUGUGUGGACCCUGGCCUGGUGUGUAACAGCUUCACCAACUGUGCUGACAGAUCUGAUGAGGGCGCGGGAUGUUCUCAGUACAAUUGCUCCAGCCCAUUAGCCCCACGGUGUGAUGACCAGUGUGUUGACACUCCAAAUGGACCGAGAUGUUACUGUGCUGCAGGGUACCAGCUCCAUCCCACUGAUUUGUCCUGUUUAGAUGUGGACGAGUGCACUUCUCCACCAGCUGAUGUUUGCAAACAUAUCUGCAUCAACACCAGGGGUUCCUACAGCUGUAACUGUCACCCAGGCUUUUACCUGGAGCCUGACGACAAAAGCUGCAAAACCAAAGAUGAGCCUUUGCUCCUGGCGUCAGUGCAGUCGGAGCUGUUAGUCCUGGGGGUCCACAGCGGGAAUCUGAGUCUCCUCUCUUCUGCCAGUCGUCCAGUUUUUUCCCUGGACUAUCACUGGGCGAGGCACAGAGUUUACUGGCUGAGUCCUGAUUAUCAGAGCAUCCGCUGGACUGACAUGGAAAAACCAAACAACAAAGGGACGCUCAUCAAAGGAGUGAAGUCUGAUUGUAUUGCUGUGGACUGGGUUGGGAAGAACCUGUACUGGGUGGAUGGACUUGUGGGUCAGAUACUAGCUCUAAAGCUCACUGACACCACAGCCAAGUUUCAGAACAGUAACUACACUGUGGUCCUGGGUGAAGAUCUGGAGCAACCAAGAUCACUGAUUCUACUGCCGCACAGAGGGCUAAUGCUGUGGUCAGAGAUCGGCAGCUCUCCUCAGAUUGAACGCUCGGGCAUGGAUGGUUCAAAGAGGAUGGUGGUGGUGAGCCGAGGCUUGAGCUGGCCUGUCAGUCUGGCCUACGACCUACUGGACAACAGGGUGUACUGGGCAGAUGAAAAACUACGCUCCAUCGGUUCAGCGUCUCUGGAUGGGGACAAUGUCAAAAUCCUCCAGUUAGCAGAAACUCCAAGCCCGUUCUCUGUGGCAGUCUUCAAUGACAGAAUCUUCUGGUCCGACACAAAGAGAAGAACCGUCCGCUCAGCUGACAAGAACACCGGCAAAGAUCAGAAGGUUCUGCUGAAGAGACCGGGCCAACCUUUUGGAUUAAAAGUACUGCAUGUGCUCUCCCAGCCGGCAGCUCCUAGCCCCUGUGAUCAGCUACGCUGCUCCCACAUCUGCCUCCUGGCUCCUGUGUCUGGAGGGAGGUCAGGAGUCUCAGUGGUGGGGGGUCUUUCCGCAGUGUGUCGGUGUCCAAAAGGGCUGCUGCUGUCCAAAGACAGGGUCACCUGCACUCUGCCCACAGAGUCCACGUUUAUUCUGCUCCUGUCCAGCACAGCAGUCCAUCAGAUUUACUUACACUCCAUGCAGAAAGAGGGCGUUGCUCUGAAGAAAAUGCCCCUCAACCGAGAGCUGUACCUACCUGGAGUGACUGAGGCAUCGGUGCUGGACUUGUCCCUACAUGAGCUCUCUGUGUAUGUGGCUGAUGCUAAACAAGGAACAGUGGAUCUGCUGAAACUGGGCAAUCCCCGGUCCAGAGACGGACUGACCCCUGCUGGACAAAUCCUGAAACUAAAGGAGGGUGAUUUAGUCACAGCUAUGGCAGUGGACUGGGUGACCUCUAACCUGUACUGGAGCAGCACCAACAGACCUGAUCUCCAUGUUACCUCCCAAGAUGGUAGCUACACCAUAUCUCUGUUGCAGGGAUCACUGCAGGGUACCACGUCCAUUGCACUGCAUCCUCCCUCGGGUCUAUUGUGUUACGGUGCGGUGGUCAUGACAAGAGGAAAGAGUCAGACAGAGGUGAACUGUGCCUGGAUGGAUGGCAGGAAUAAGGCCGUGCUGUGGAGGAAGUCCGGCUUCCCAACCUCACUGGUCUUCUCUAAUAAAGGAGCCACAAUCUACUGGGCUGAUACUGGUGAGGGUGUUAUUAAUUCCAUCGGAGUAGACGGAUCAGGAUAUAACCAGUACCGAACUGGACCGGGUCUGAUCAUAUCCUUCACACACACUGAGAACUUCCUCCUCUGGGUCACCCUGGAAAACGGUGUAACAAAGCUGUGGGUCAGUGAUGGACUUCAGCUGAAACAGCUGUGGUUCGAGACCAGGGCCACGGUGAUAGAGGUGAAGGCCUACAGUAACACCACACAGACUGGAACCAACAUGUGCUCCAACAACAACGGUCAAUGUGACCAUCUGUGUCUGCCCUUUCCUGGAGGACGGACGUGUGGAUGUGGGCAAUCCUUCUACAGCUUUGAUGUCACUUCCUGUGUGGUGCUGCCUGACUGUCCUGAUGGAGAAAAGUCCUGCUCAGAUGGAAGCCAGUGUUUGAGCAGCAGGAAGUUCUGUGACGGUCGGGUGGACUGUUCAGACCAGUCCGAUGAACUGGGCUGUCCAAAUACAAAUCCUUUCCAGACCAAACCCAACGCUGCCUCCUCAACCCCUCGCUCCAACAACAAAAACAACUCUGUCCUUCCAGUCAAAGAAACAACUUCCUGUGACGUCCAACACUGUAAUGGCCAUGGAAACUGUGUGGUAGAAAAUAAAAUCCCUCGCUGCCAAUGUUUGCCUGGUUACAAAGGAGAAUUCUGCCACGACAAAGAGCACCACCAUGGACAUUUCCCUGUCGUCCUCGGCGUCUUUGUCGUCAUUGUCCUGUUGAUUGGUGCUACUUUUAUCUUUGUGAAAAGCAGAGCCUGGGAGUCGUUCAGGAGCAGAUCCAUGGAGAAGGAAACCCUGAUGGCCAACAUGGGUCUGCCGUGCGAGGACUACGACUCCGACUCUGAGGAGCAGGAGUCUUCAGUGGACCUGAAGAACCCUCCUCUGGCCUUGAAGCCUCUGCAGCGUCAAUAGAUGAAAUGUGGAAAUACUAAUUCUGUUGUUCUGUGAUGAAUGGUGUUGAAAUAAAUGUUAUUUAUUAUGAACAAA